AUGGCAUCUGUGCAACUGGUCAUAACGCGGAUUCUUCUUGUCCACAUAUCAGAAGAACCCAGCCUGUUCUGUUCUCGUCCGCUGUCCACAGCCUCUCUCUUUCCCUGCGUCUCCUGCUAAGCUCUGCGUGGCCGCGUGGGGAUUGAUCCUUGCGUACACGCCAGAGAUAUGCUCGGAUCUCGGCAAGGAGCUUGAUCUUGGCCUUGGCGGUCGAUCAAGUUAGGGGCGAUGAGGAGAUCAAUCCCCGUGGAGAGAAGCAUCAUUUGGCUCUGAAGAGCUCGAUUUGGUCAGUAGGGUGUUGGAUCAGGCGGGCUGAAGCUUGAGGUAGUCCUUUGCCUUACAUGUCUGCGCGUCUACUUUAACAAGGAUCGCCUCCACUGCAGCUGCGUUUCAGUUCGUCGGUCGUCGUGCCACUGCCGGGCUGUGAGUAUUGAAGAGGAUUGCAACCACCCCCCGAUGAUGUCCGAUCCCAUGGAGAAGGGGAUUAACUGCAAAACAGAAGGUCUGUGCACCAUUAGAAACUAUUGCAAACGGCAGCAAGUUACCUGUUCUUUCUUCGUCAGUUUCCAUAUUACUUGUUUCAACAAAAGAAAUGAACAGUUGCUUCCUCCACACUAUUCAUCGGUAGAGCCGUAGAGGGCCUACCUCAGUAUGUUUCAUCUUCUCGUCCGAAAAUUUCAUGAUACUACUCGACCAAGAUCUCCCAUCUUUGGUUUUGUUCCUAUCAAAUUUAAUUGGGUCUUUCUAUUAAUAAUUGCUUUUGCGAAGGAGGAAUGGACAGUACAGCAAGGAGAUAUGAUAUGUACGAGAAGAUGCUGGAGAAUAUACUGCAGGAUCCAAGUGAACCGCCAGUCUCUUUGCCACUGGAAUUUUUGAAAGCCAUCACAGAUAAUUUCUCCAGCAACCAUGAACUCGGCAGGGGUGGCUUUGGAGUGGUUUACAAGGGAAUUCUCCGGAGCGGGAAAGUCAUUGCAGUGAAGAAGAUUUACGAUAGGUACCCUUUUGAGAAGGACAGCUCUUUAGACGAGAUCAGCCGUGUUAUGGGGAUCAUGCACCCAAAUGUGGUACAGCUCAUAGGUUACUGUGCCGAGACUAAGAUGGAUACAAUGACACACGACAGUGGGAAGCUGAUUGUGGCAGAAAUACGCUCACGGUUACUCUGCUUCGAGUAUAUUAGCAAUGGAGGCCUCGACAUGUAUAUUUCCAAAGAACAUUUGGAGCUUGGCUGGGACGAGGUAUACAAGAUAAUUAAUGGGAUUUGUAGUGGCUUAGAUGCCCUUCACGAGGAAAACAUUAUUCAUCUGGACCUGAAGCCACAGAAUGUGUUGAUGGAUGGUAAUAUGAUGCCUAAAAUAGUCGACUUUGGUUUGGCAAGGCUCUUGCGCGAAAAUAAAUCUAAAAUAUACACUCAGAGGCCCACAGGGACAGUCGGAUAUAUGGCACCGGAAUACUAUAGUGAUGGCAAAAUAUCUCCCAAGGCAGACAUAUUUAGUUUGGGUGUUAUAAUGAUUGAGUUACUCACAGGAAGUAGGAAGCAUCCCCGAAGCACGCCACAUUAUUCCUACACCUCUUAUGACGAUAAUACCCUCGAUAGUACCCAAGCAAAUCUGCAGCAAUUCACCGGGAAUGUGCUUGGCAAAUGGAAGAAAAUAUUUCAAAAAACACUGAAUGACGCAUCAGUCAUUCAAGUUUAUACCCAUCAGUUGAAGCAAUUGAUUGAUAUAGCCCUAAAAUGUGUGGACAGUGACGUAAAUAAAAGACCUACUGCAGCAGAUAUACUGCAAUUUUUCGAUCAUAAUGAAGCAGGAGGAAGUUCAUGCGAUCCAAUCUGCAAAUAUAGCCAGGUUAGAGAUCUCAUCAGUGUGCAGCCCAUCGAACUCAAAAUCCCCAUGGCAGAUCCAAACAAGUUCCUGCGGUCUUCAAGCUUGCUACACUUAAAUAACAACACAGUUGGACAUGUCGCCUACAGGAUCCUUUCCAAUAGUCUAUCGCCGCAUUUAGUUUGGCCGUCAUUUGGUUUUGUGCCUCCCGGGUGCAGGUACACUAUUGCUGUCACAAUGCGCUACCAGCAAAAUCCACCACCCAGAAAAGACAUGUUUUUUACACUAGAGAGCACCAGAGCGAGUGAUCAGGAAAUAAAGAACGCCAUUUCAAGGUAUUUAAUAUAUGACCACAAUGAUUUUUUUACAAAAGCAAAAGAUAAAGGCCGCCAGGUGCACGAGGCAAAACUUACUGCAGUUUAUGGAAAUAGUGAUCAGUCCGAAAUCAAGAUUGUACCCCUGGAAAAGUCUGAUUAUAUGUUGGGUUCCAUUGACGUGCAUCCAACGAAGCCAUGGAUUCUGAUUGUUGUCCGUAGGAAAAGGGAGACCUCAAUUAUCAUCUGGGACUAUAACACGGAGGAGAUGGCACGCCUCCCUGCUCACCGAGAUAGAAAAGUGUCUCCGUUGACUGCAAAGUUUCUUGCACGAAAGAAGUGGAUUAUAGUCGGAUGUUCGUCUGGUUACAUAAAAGUAUACAGUUAUUGCACUCUGUUUUCUGAAACAGAGAGUUUUAAAGCUCACGAAUAUGGUGUCGUAACCUCGUUGGAACUCCAUCAAAUUGAGCCUUAUGUACUAUCGGCAGUCACCGAAGGGCCCGAAGUGCCAAAUACAUCCGUGUGGUAUAACCCAAUGGACAAGAUAAAGUUGUGGGACUGGGAGAACGGCUGGAAACUAAUUCGCACAUUUAACACGGAUACAUAUAUUCGUCAGGUCAAAUUUAACCCAAAUGACGUAAAUAUAUUUGCUACUACGACUUCUACUGGGCCGAUAAAGGUCUGGGAUACCAGUUCAACAGAUUCGGUAUACGAAUUUUCUGGAAUGCGAUAUGCAAGGUGUUUGGAUUUCUUUUCACGAGAUGGCGUGCUGCACAUAAUUACUGUUCAAGAUUCGGAUACGAGAAAGGCCACGAUAUGGGAUUGCCAGAAAUCGAAAUGUGUUGCAACGCUCAAAGGGCACGUUGAUUCUGUUAAUGUAGUCUUUUCUUGUCCUGAAUUUCCAGUACUGAUUACAGGUUCAGUCGAUGGGUCAAUUCGUUUAUGGAACUCAAGUACUUUCAGUCUUCUGGGUGUACUGAACUGUGGCAUCUGUCACGUGAUGGCUAUAGCAUGGUUAAAGAAACCAGGAAGAAUUGCAAUCUUACAUCGUGAUGGAUUGGCUAUUACUGAAAUUGACCUGAGCAAACAGUUGUUAGCAUCUGAAGGACCGUACGAGUCAGAAGCAAGCUAGAUUGUUGGAGAAUAUAUGCAUAUUAUUUUACCCUACUUGAUACAAUUUCUGGAUUACAUGGAGAUUUGGGUUCAGUGCUUGGUUAUCGUUGCCCCCCACCAUUUGAGCAUUAGACAAUGUACCGUUCGAGCAAAACUGGUAGACCAUAAAUUGGAGAUUAUGAUCUACAAUAAAGAGAUUAAUGUAAAUCGUUAUUGUGUCGACAACUGUGUAACCGCUCCACAUGUAUAUGUUUUACGUGUCUUCGCUA